AUGAAAAUGGUACCUAUGACUGGCUUAAUUUUGAAUGAACACGAAGGCGAAGUUCAUGACGCUGAACUAGAUUAUUAUGGUCAACGUUUAGCUACAUGCUCUAGUGAUAAAACAAUCAAAAUUUAUAGUAUAAACAAUGGUAACAAAACUUUAUUGGCAAACAUCAAGGGUCAUCACGGACCUGUGUGGCAAAUUUGUUGGUCCCAUCCAGUAUCCGGACAUUUAUUAGCCUCUUGUUCUUACGAUAAACGUGUUGUUGUAUGGAAAGAAUCAAAUGAUUGGUUUAAUAUAUUUGAAUUUACUCAUGAAUCUUCAGUCAAUGCUGUUGCAUGGGCACCCCAUCAACAUGGCACAAUUUUAGCGAGUGCGAGUUCAGAUGGGUCUGUUGGAGUGCAUGUGUUCAACAAAGAAUGGUCUUCUAAGUCAUUUAGUGCCCACCAUAAUGGAUGUAAUACUGUAGCUUGGGCUCCAUACAAAGAAUUACUAUUUGGAUCUGAUCAAACAGACUUUGGUAAAAAGUUAGUAUUAGCAAGUGGUGGCUGCGAUAAUUUAGUGAAAAUAUGGACUGUUGAAAAUGAUCAAUGGGUACAAGUUGGUGAAAUAAAUUGUCACACAGAUUGGGUUCGUGAUGUGGCUUGGACGUGUACUAUUGGUGAUAAUCGACAAUUAAUUGCAAGUUGUUCUGAAGAUAAGACUGUUGUAGUGUCACAUAGCGAUGAUUAUUCCAAAUGGUCUUCUGUACGAAUGCAUUUGUUUGAUAGCCGUGUUUGGACUGUAAGCUGGUCAAAAAUCGGGAAUGUACUUGCAGUAUCUGCUGAAACCAAUAAAGUAUCAUUAUGGAAAGAGAAUACAAUCGGUCAUUGGAUCAGUUGCAGUGAUAUUGAUGAUACAAAAGGAGGGGAAGAUUAA